ACACAGUGCUCUAUCCUUGAUCCUAUCAACAUCUCAUGGAAAAAUCAAGCAACCCCUUCUCUCCUCUCUAUAAAUACACAUAGAUCCUCAACCACAAGCUCAAGUCCUAGACGAACAAAGAAACAUGUCAAACUCAAUGGCUAUAGAGAGCUUAGAGCAAGGAGAAGGAGAGUACGCAAAGGAUGGCUCAGUUGAUCUCAAAGGCAACCCUGUUCUCAGAUCAAAAAGAGGAGGAUGGACUGCUUGCUCUUUUGUAGUGGUGUAUGAAGUAUUUGAGAGGAUGGCAUAUUAUGGGAUAUCAUCAAACCUGGUGCUGUACUUAACCAACAGGCUUCAUCAGGGAACUGUUGAUGCUGCAAAUAAUGUCACAAACUGGGUAGGGACUGUGUUCUUGAUGCCGAUACUUGGAGCUUAUGUCGCUGAUGCUCAUCUUGGACGAUACUGGACCUUUGUCAUCGCAUCCGCCAUUUAUCUCCUGGGCAUGAGUCUGCUAACCAUUACGGUUUCUGUACCGCCGCUGAAGCCCCCUCCAUGCUCAAGCAACUGCGAGCCCGCUUCAGGUCUACAGCUAGGCACAUUUUUUGCAGGACUGUACAUACUCGCGCUGGGAAAUGGCGGGACCAAACCAAACAUCUCAACAAUUGGUGCGGACCAGUUCGAUGAUUUCGACCCUAAGGAGAGGGCUCACAAGCUUUCCUUCUUCAAUUGGUGGAUGUUCAGUAUCUUCCUAGGGACGCUAUUUGCUAAUACCGUCCUCGUAUAUUUGCAAGAUAACGUGGGCUGGACUGUGGGCUACGGGCUUCCUACACUGGGCCUUGUGAUCUCUGUAGUAAUUUUCUUAGCAGGCACACCAUUUUACAGGCAUAAACUGCCGCAAGGGAGUCCAUUUACUAGGAUGUCUAGGGUCAUUGUCGCUGCAACAAGGAAAUGGAGCGUUCCCAUUCCUAAUGAUCCUAAGGAGCUCCAUGAGUUGGAUUUGGUGGUGUAUAAAGAGAAGGGGAAGUUUAGGGUUGACUCAACAUCUUCCAUGAGGUUCCUAAACAAAGCUGCGGUAAAAGUUGGCCCAGGAACUCCAUGGAUGUUGUGUUCAGUAACGCAAGUGGAAGAGACGAAGCAAAUUCUCCGAAUGCUACCGCUGCUGGCUACAAUGUUUAUUCCGUGCACGAUGAUUGCACAAAUUGCCACCCUCUUCGUGAAGCAAGGUACCACAUUGAACCGACACCUUGGACCAAAGUUUGAAAUUCCUCCAGCUAGUCUCACAGCAUUUGUCACACUAUCUAUGCUCAUUGCGCUUCCACUCUACGACCGUUUCUUUGUGAGGAUGAUGAAGGCUUGGACAAAAGACCCUAGGGGGAUCACUCUCCUCCAGAGAAUAGGAAUUGGGCUAGUUUUGCAUAUCAUUACCAUGGCAAUCGCAGUUUUGGUAGAAAGAAUAAGGCUGAGGACUGCUAGUAGCCAUGGGUUAGUCGAAAAUGGGGGGCAAGUCCCGUUGAGCAUCUUUAUCCUGCUGCCUCAGUUUGUGCUUAUGGGCGUAGCUGAUGCUUUCUUGGUCCCUGGAGAGGUUGAGUUAUUCUAUGAUCAAGCUCCAGAGAGCAUGAAGAGUUUGGGGACUUCAUACUCUUUAACUGCAUAUGGGGUAGGCAACUUCCUUAGCAGUUUUCUCCUAUCAGUAGUCUCUGACGUCACCAAAAGAGACGGAAAGGGAUGGGUACAGAAUAAUCUGAAUGCCUCACAUCUGGACUAUUACUACGGAUUCCUCACCAUCCUUAGUAUCCUAAACUUCAUCUGCUUCAUCUACGUCAGUAAGAUCUAUACCUACAAGGCAGAGAAAUUUGAAUCAGCAACUGUAUCGCCGGACGAUGAAGAUGAAAUAAAUGUCGUCAGACAGGAAAAUGCCUAAAGCCAAAAGGCUAUACUUCGUUUGUUAAAUGUCAACAGGACUAUGUGAAACAUCUUUUGUGAUCUAAACUUAUGAAAUACUAUCAAGAGCAAUUUACAUUGCUUUUUGCCCCCAGCAAAUAAGGAUAUCUUAAAUUCUUCUA